AUGAAAAUGCGAAUGUUCUUAGCUUGCUUUUUGGUCUUUGCACCCAUCUUCGUCGUGGCUUGGAUAUCGCCUGCAAGGGCUGGAGAUCGGAUAGUGAUAGCCAUCAAUUCUAGGAAGGCAUCAGACAAAGUAUCAUUCAAUUCGUUGCUAGGCUCCAAAUUGUCUAGAGUUAACGAGUGGCUGAAUGCUGACGCACCGUUCAGUGGACCUACAUUUGACAACUUAAGACGGUUGUAUGAGCCCAAUGAUAACGCCGUGGUAACUAGGGAGAUGUUGGCAAGCUGGGUUAAUGAUGAGAUAAAAGCAAUUAGUAUAUCAGAGAGAACCUAG